AUGAACGGUCCGGAGGAGGCCAGCAGCCCUUCCGCCGCUAAAACCUGCGGCCCCGCCACUCCCGACCCGGCCCCGGCACCCCCGGACCUAAGCCCGCGCCGGAGGAGCGAGGACGCCGCCGAGGCGCCGCGGGCGAUGGCGACGGCGAUGGCCAUGGCGCCCACAGGUGAGGGCGAGGGCGGCCCGGAGAGCCCCGCGGAGGGGGGCGCAUCCCCGGCCCCCGCGGCCUGCGGCCCCGAGCCCGGCGAUCAGGUGGCGAGGGGUGGUGAUGCGGCCGCCAAAACGGCCCCGGAGGAGGCUCUGCCCCCGGCGGAGGGGCCGGGCGCAGCCCCUGCCUCCCCCUCGGCGGCUGUGGCUGCCGACCAGAGCCAGGAAAAUGGCUGUCCGCCGGGAGAGCCGCGCGGCCCAGCUGGGGAGAAAGCUCCAGAAGCCCGUGGCGCAGAGGGACCGGGGUCCCCGGCGAUGCCUGGGGCCACGGCCGAGGACGGGGUGACCAAGAAGGGCGCCGGCUCAGCCUCAGCCGCGGUGGGAAAGGAGGGAGUGGCGGAGGCGGCGGCGAAGACAUUGGCGCAGAAGGAGGAGAAGGUGGUGGGGGGAGGAGUGAAAGAGGAGGCGCGGGCUGGGAGCCCGAAGGCCAACCACUCCAUGGACUCGCUGGAGGCCAUCGACCAAGAGCUGCUAAACGUCAAUGCCCAGGCGGACAGGGCCUUCCAUCAGCUGGAGCGCAAGUUCGGCCGCAUGCGGAGGCUCCACAUGCAGCGCAGAAGUUUUAUCAUCCAGAACAUUCCCGGUUUCUGGGUCAUCGCCUUUGGGAACCACCCCCAGCUGUCACCUAUGAUCAGCGGCCAGGAUGAAGAAAUGAUGAGGUACAUGGUCAAUCUGGAGGUGGAGGAGCUUAAGCACCCGAGAGCAGGCUGCAAAUUCAAGUUCAUCUUUCAGGGCAACCCCUACUUCCGAAAUGACGCGCUCGUCAAGGAGUAUGAGCGCAGGUCCUCUGGCCGCGUGGUGUCCCUCGCCACCCCGAUCCGCUGGCACCCGGGCCAAGACCCCCAGACCCAUAGCCACAGGAACCGGCAAGGGAACGCGAUCCCCAGUUUCUUCAACUGGUUCUCAGACCACAGCCUCCUGGAAUUCGACAGGAUUGCUGAGAUUAUCAAAGGAGAACUGUGGUCCAAUCCCCUCCAGUAUUACCUGAUGGGGGAAGGGCCCCGAAGAUUUCGAGACCCAGGGAGGCAGCCAGUGGAGAGCCCCCGGGCCUUCAGGUUCCAGUCUGGCUAG